AUGUUUUUCUUGCCGAUAAUAAAAUGGUUGAAAAAACUCAAAAUUAGAGUUACUAUUGUUUGCUGCACUACGGGAAAUUACGACGGUUUGGGAGAUACGAGAAGAAUUGAAUUUGAAAAAGUUUGUGAGUUUUUGGGCGCGCGAAGUGUCAUGAUAGAGGACCAGCGUCUGCAGGAUGGGUGGGAGAUGUGGGAUGCUGGUGCUACUGCGGAGGUGAGGGAUAAAAUGUGCACAAUUUGGUGA